AUGGGCUCUCCACUCUAUAUUCAAGAUAUACGGCCAAAAGAGAUGCUUCUCAGCACCAAACGUGACACUCAAGAACAAUGGUUGGGCAGGAUCGAAGUGAAUGGAUGGGUCAGAUAUGGGGAUGAGAUCAAUGGAUGUGAUGUAGGGGUUAAGGCAUUGAGUUCUAAUCCAUUGAAGUUUAGUAAGAAAGAUCAUAGACUCAUGGUGAGAAGUAUGAGGCGGUUUAUAUUGAAAGAGCGUUGUUUAGAGAUGGAGAAUGGCUUUAUGCGGAUAGUGAUGGUGUCUUGA